GUCUGUUUCGCUCGUUUCAAUAUCUUCCACACACAUCUCCAUAAAAGUUACAUAGCACAUGAGAGUCUCGACUGCAUUCCUGCUUCUGGCGUGCUCAUUUGUGCGUGCUCAAGAUAGCAGCGCUCCUUCUGAAGCCGACAGCAUCUCUGCCGCAGCUCUCGAGGAUCCAGCACCAUCGCCUAGUGCUGACUCUGUAGAGCCACUCUUCGAUUUUGACCUCGCUCCAUACAAUGUUGCGUUUGGGAUUGUCGCCGAAGCGCUCGCGCGGUUGGCUGACACUGGCGAGCCAUUAGACAUUCCGCUGCCACUUGUUGGCCCUGGCUACUACCUUGAGAUCAUGGUCAGGUCGCCCAAGAACAAUGGUGGUGUUCCGUUCAGCCAAAUCAAUGCUGUGAGUAUUGAGGGCGGCUUGGGCAUACCAAAGACCCAGAUCGAGAUCAUCUUGCCAGGCGAUUCUACAGCGCACCAAACCAUCAUGGUUCCAGGACCAUCAGAGCAGGACUCUGAUAGCGAGGGACCUACAUCGACAGAUGAAGUGCCUGCUCCUACGGACGAAGCACCCACUUCUACGGAUGAGGUUCCGGCUCCCACGGACGAGGUACCAUCCCCUGAAGAGUCAACUCCAGCUAUUUCUGUUUCCAUUCCUAGCCCUGCCCCUACAGAUUCUUCCCCUUCUGCCACAUCUCCUACCGAUACGGCUGGUACAGAUUCUGCCCCUAAUGGCUCUGCCCCUACUGCUAACCCAGAACCUACUUCUGACGAACCUUCUGCUAUCGGGUCGCCUGCUGAGUCCGAUAGUGUGCCCGAAGCCUCAUCAGAUGAGAUUCCACCACCUACUUCUGGCGAAGCACCCACCGAAGUUCCUCCUGUAAAUGCCACACCUAUGCCCAACCCCGAAGCAAGCGCCUCUAGUCAGAUCCAGGAAGUCUUUAGCGAGCUCUCACGCAGUGGCAUCUUCUCCGAGCAGUCUUCAGGCUUUCUUGCCAUAGGCGCCGUCGGAUCCUGGCCAUAUCCGUCAGGAAUUCUCGCUGCAUCUACAGUACCAGCACCCUCUACUGAUGCUCCACUACAAACUACAGCCAUUCCAGAGAGUCCAAUCCUAGGCAGCUCACAGGCAUCCGCAAUUGAGAGUGGUGGUAUGGCGGGAUUCAUGGGCAAUGUGCUCAGCAUUUCAGCCGGAUCCAUCUCUCAGUCUUUUUCCAUUGGGUUUUCUUUCGGGAGCCCAGCUCCUACCGCGGGCGCUGUUGCACCUACAGUGAGUGGCUCGUCUGAGAUACCAGCUGAGAUGGCGGCUCUGCCAAUGGACAGUAUGGCAGCUGUGUCAUCAGCAGCUCCGCCAAUGGGUGAUAUGGGGGCAUCUACAGCAGGUGCUGAAGACCAUCCAGCUGACGCUGAGGCACCACCUGCACCUGACGCCGAUGCACUUGUUUCUGGCACCACUGAUCUCAUUGGGAACCUACUCGGCCAGGUUCCACCUAGCGAUGCACCUGCCGAUGAUGUCACUACUGCAACUGUCCCUGAAGCUCUUGCUACCGGUUCUGCUCCUCUUUCAGCCGCUGAAGCUGCUAGCACUCAAGCACCCGCUGCCGAUGGUAAGCAAGCACCCAUCGCCAGUGAUGAGGCACCUGCUGCCGAGUCCCCGGCUGCCAUAGAUGCACUGCAGACAGAGACAGCGGCUCUACCGUCGGGUGAUUCUAGCGCUGUGAGUUCUGCCCCCGAUGCCAUAGACAACCUAUUCGGUGCAUCGCCCGCUGGCAGCAGCUCCGAGGCAUCAGCUGACACAGCAGCAGCACCCACCCCAGCGCCAGCAGCUGAGGACGCAGCAGCGGCUGUGCAGACAAUCAACAUCUUGAGUGCCACCAACGACGAUGCACUAGAAGCCAGCAUUGAUGCUGUCAUCCACAGCGUUAUUGGCGAUUACAAGACCGAGUCUGUGCCCAAGGCAGCUGUCGGCUUUGCCCUGAUUCACCCGCGUCGCGAAGUCGUUGUCAUGGGCGAGCGCAUCUAAAAUCACUAUUUUCAUUUCCAGUUACUGCUUCAUUUCAAUACCGUCC